GGGCGGGAGGCGGAGCCCGGGGCGGGGGGGGGGCCGGUUUGUUGUGGUCGCCAUUUUGCUGGUUGCAUUACUGGGUAAUCGGGGCCCUGGCUCGCCGCGUCUGCCGGAUAUCUUCAGCCAGUGGGCAGGACUGAGCUCGGGCUUCCCGAGCAGUUUGAGUUCCCUUGCCCUCGCCCUCAGGUCUCAGCGGCGGUGGCAGCCGAGGUGCAGGAUGCGAGAAGGCGCCCCCCGGCCGGGCUCCCGCUCCAGGCCUCACUCCCCUGCGGCCCUCUGAGCCCACCAUGGCCGUCCCACCGGGCCAUGGUCCCUUCUCUGGCUUCCCGGGGCCCCAGGAGCACACGCAGGUAUUGCCUGAUGGGCGGCUACUGCCGCGGAGGCUGCCCCUGGCCUUCCGAGACGCGACCUCAGCCCCGCUGCGCAAGCUCUCCGUGGACCUCAUCAAGACCUACAAGCACAUCAAUGAGGUAUACUAUGCGAAGAAGAAGCGGCGGGCCCAGCAGGUGCCACCUCAGGACUCGAGCACCAAGAAGGAGAAAAAGGUCCUGAACCACGGUUAUGACGAUGACAACCAUGACUACAUCGUGCGCAGUGGCGAGCGCUGGCUGGAGCGCUAUGAGAUUGACUCACUCAUUGGCAAAGGCUCCUUUGGCCAGGUGGUGAAAGCCUAUGAUCAUCAGACCCAGGAGCUGGUGGCCAUCAAGAUCAUCAAGAACAAGAAGGCCUUCCUGAACCAGGCCCAGAUUGAGCUGCGGCUGCUGGAGCUGAUGAGCCAGCAUGACACAGAGAUGAAAUACUAUAUAGUGCACCUGAAGCGGCACUUCAUGUUCCGGAACCACCUGUGCCUGGUGUUCGAGCUGCUUUCCUACAACCUAUACGACCUCCUGCGCAACACGCACUUCCGUGGCGUCUCGCUGAACCUGACGCGGAAGCUAGCGCAGCAGCUCUGCACGGCGCUGCUCUUCCUGGCCACGCCCGAGCUCAGCAUCAUUCACUGCGACCUCAAGCCCGAGAACAUCCUGCUCUGCAACCCCAAGCGCAGCGCCAUCAAAAUCGUGGACUUCGGCAGCUCCUGCCAGCUUGGCCAGCGGAUCUACCAGUACAUCCAGAGCCGUUUCUACCGUUCGCCCGAGGUGCUCCUGGGCACACCCUACGACUUGGCCAUUGACAUGUGGUCCCUGGGCUGCAUCCUGGUGGAGAUGCACACUGGAGAGCCCCUCUUCAGUGGCUCCAACGAGGUGGACCAGAUGAACCGGAUUGUGGAGGUGCUGGGCAUCCCACCAGCCCCCAUGCUGGACCAGGCACCCAAGGCUCGAAAGUACUUUGAGCGGCUGCCUGGGGGUGGCUGGACCCUGCGAAGGACAAAGGAACUCAGGAAGGAUUACCAGGGCCCCGGGACACGGCGGCUGCAGGAGGUGCUGGGCGUGCAGACGGGCGGGCCCGGGGGCCGGCGGGCGGGGGAGCCGGGCCACAGCCCCGCCGACUACCUCCGCUUCCAGGACCUGGUGCUGCGCAUGCUGGAGUAUGAGCCCGCCGCCCGCAUCAGCCCACUGGGGGCUCUGCAGCAUGGCUUCUUCCGCCGCACGGCUGAUGAGGCCACCAACACGGGCCCGGCAGGCAGCAGUGCCUCCACCUCGCCCGCGCCCCUCGAUACCUGCCCCUCUUCCAGCACCGCCAGCUCCAUCUCCAGCUCUGGAGGCUCCAGUGGCUCCUCCAGUGACAACCGGACCUACCGCUAUAGCAACCGAUAUUGUGGGGGCCCUGGGCCCCCCGUCACUGACUGUGAGAUGAACAGCCCCCAGGUCCCGCCCUCCCAGCCACUGCGCCCCUGGGCAGGGGGUGAUGUGCCGCACAAGACACAUCAGGCCCCUGCCUCUGCCUCAUCACUGCCAGGGGCCGGGGCCCAGUUACCCCCUCAACCCCGAUGCCUUGGCCGUCCCCCGUCACCAACCUCGCCACCACCCCCGGAGCUGAUGGACGUGAGCCUGGUGGGCGGCCCUCCGGACUGCUCCCAGCCUCACCCAGCGCCUGCCCCCCAGCACCCGGCUGCCUCAGCCCUCCGGACUCGGAUGACAGGAGGUCGUCCACCCCUCCCACCCCCUGAUGACCCUGCCACUCUGGGGCCGCACUUGGGCCUCUGUGGUAUACCCCAGAGCACGGCAGCCAGCUCAUGACCCUGCCCCCUCCCUGGGGCCCCUCCUGAAGCCAUACCCCCCCCCACCCAAUCUGGGGGUCCUGGGCUCCCAUCCUCAUCUCUCCCCUUGACUGGAAUUGCUGCUACCCAGCCGGGGUGGGUGAGGCCUGCACUGAUUGGGGCCUGGGGCAGGGGUUCAAGGAGAGGGGUUUAGGCUCACCUCCCCACUAAGGACUGGACUCUUGGUCCCUUCUCUCCCCUUGUUUUCUAUUUAUUGUACCAAAGACAGUGGUGGUCCAGUGCGGGGAGGGGGAGAUUCCCUCUCACCCCAGGGCCCUAGGAGGGGGUGGGGGCAGGUAGGGGGAGAUGGCCUUGCUCCUCCUUGCUGUACCCCCCAGUAAAGAGCUUUCUCACA